UCUCACUUGGAAUGUUGUACAUUAUACAGUUUUGAGCAUUGCAAUCUAGUGACACCAACAAACUGAAUCAAGUUCAGAGGAUGACAAUAAUGGAAAUGAAAUUCUGUGAGUACCCUUUUUUUAAAAUAAAAAAAAAGAGAGAGAGAGAGAGAGAGAGAGAGAGAGAGAGAGAGAGAGAGAGAGGUAAAAUUGAUAUGUCCAGUUUUCAGAAGAGGGAAUGGACUUGCUUCCUAUUGCUUUGGAGGGCAACCAGUGGGUUGAACCUACAAAGAAGAUUCAUUUUAAAUAUUAUGAGAAAUUUCCCAAUGAUAAGAGCUGUCAGUCAAUGAAAUAGGUUGGCUAGAAAUUGUUCUACCACUUCAUUGGAGGUCUUCAGAGGCUGGAUUGUUCUCUGAUAGGCUGGAUAGUCCUCUGAAGAUGGUCCAAAAUGCCUUUACCAAGAGGGAGGCUAGAAUCAUCUUGGAUAUAAGGUAGCAAGGUUUUUGAAAACGUUGUCUAGAGUUUUCUGGAAUAGGACAACCUACCACUUCUUCAAUCAAAAAAACCAAGAGCUAGGGCAAUCACCGGAAAAGCCUGUUUCUGGCUCCACCAGCAUCUUUGAUUAAAACAUUAUUUCUCGGUUAAGGUGGCAGAUCAAAUUUCCCAUAAGUACUCUUAGUAUAACAAUAACAGAAUUAACAUCCUAAUAAGCAGAUGUAAAUUAAUAGCACAAGGACACCUGGAAUUAUUUAAUACAACAUGUGUGAAAUUAUGGAAAAUUACAAUGAGUAUUUUAAAAAAUCAGUUCUACAAUUCUCCUUUGUUCAAAAAUCAACUGUAUCAUCUUCAUUUAAAGAGAUUUAAUUAAAAUAUAAAAUUAAUCAGUUAAUUAUGUUAAUUAAAACUACCAUCCUAUACCCCAUUUACCUGCUAUUAAAUCCCAUUAAGCUCAAUAGGGCUUUGUAAACAAUACAAGACAGUGUUAUAAGGUACUUCAGAUAGAGAAGUUACUUUCACUUGCCAAGUAAAUAUUGUGGUAAAAAAAAUUCCAAGCAAUAUUAACAAUUAAAAAAGGCACAAUCAUUUUUUAAAAUAUUAAUGAUAAAGAAUUACUUUUCUUUACUGUAUAUCCGACUAUUAUUAUGUUUGGUACUGCUAAAUAGCACAAAUGAUCCUGCUUAACUCAACUUCUGUCUGUAUUGAACUUACGGAAACUAAUGAUGCUUCAUAAAGAAAAAUUGCAUCACACAUUAGAAGUUCUAUUCAAAAUGCAUGCUUAAGUGCUGUAAGACAAUGGAGAAAAGUAAUGGCAGCCAAUCUGGGUGUAGCAAAUAAGCAUAUGUCAAAUAAAUAAACGAUACAUUUAGUAAAAUUCACUCGGUUCACAGAAAGCAAUUUAUUUAGAAGUCUAAACCACUUAGAAUUUAUGAUUAAGGCUGAUUUUAAGGCUGCUUAGGUAUUUAUAGUAUUGUACAAAGUUAUAUAUUCAAUUUUUAAACUAAGCUUUAAUAAAAGAGGCAUAGCUGAAAAAUUUACAGUAUGUAAUUCCUAAAGUUGGGAAAAGGUAGUAUAUAAACUCCAUAGAAACAAUUUAUGAUGAAUUGUUGAAUAAGGUGCGUAUCUUCAUCUAUAGCUGCUGGUAUUUGAGAUGGGUCAAGCCAACUUUGAUCUAUCUCAAAAAGAUAAGCAGGGUCAGACCAACGUAGUGCUUGAAUGAGCAAUUUUCAGGCAAUCCCAGGACGGUUGAUAGACUAUGAGAUUAAAAACAAAACUGGAAGCAAGGAAUGGUAAGUAACAUUAUUGUUGCCAUUAUUGUUGUACAUGAAAGUCAUCAGAAGUGAAGGCUGCUUUGUAAGAAAUCUAAUACUUAGCUACCUUUCCUCAUGUUAUCUGACAGCUGAAACAGAAAUAAAAACAGCCUAUUCUAUUUUACUUUGUUGGCAUUUGAGCCUCUGAAACUCAGGUGAGAUUCUCAGUGUACGGACUAACACAGUUUGAUGAAAUUGCUUUGAGAUGAAACCAAGCCCUGGCUGGGCAGAACAAAUAAACAAAGAACCUGGGCAGGAAUAAGAAUUUCAUCAAAAGACAUUGAGGGUUGUGGUAUCACAUGAGAUCUGAGCAUGUCUGUGGUCAAAGAGACAAGAAACAUGGAAAGCAAAAAGCUUGUGUUUUUAGGGAUUCCCAAUUCAUUCUGUAACAACUACAAAUUGAGAAUUCCUUCUCAUGUUUGUUGCAUUAUUUCCUUCCAUCCAGCUGAGAAGGAUACUUGAGGCUAAUUCAUACUUUAGUCCAGGGGUCUUCAAACUUGGCCCUUUUAUGACUCAUGGACUUCAACUCCCAGAAUUCCUCAGCCAGUGUGUCAAGUUUGAAGACCCCUGCUUUAGUCAUUCUUAUGGAGGAGCUGCAAACCCAGGUUCAGUAACAUGGUGCUCAGGUAGGGGGAAAAAAGCAAUUGAAACUAUAGUCCAUGGAACAAAUUUAAUGUCUCCUCCUCUUCCUCCUUAUCUUUUUGUUUUUAGCUGUAAGAUAAAUACAGCUUCCCUUCUGAAAAAUGUUGCAAACCUAAACAAACUACUGCACUAACAAGCCAUGGACUUAAAGUAAAACAGUGGUGAUAGAUAAACUUAUUCAUUUCCCAAUAAUCUUUCUGUCUUACCUGAGAUCACACACAAUCUGGAAAAUGCUGGCUUAAAGAUGUAAUUUUUAAAAUAAAUUUUUAAAAGGGGAAGAAAAGAUAUUUUCAACAAAUAAAAGUAGAGAUUUACUACACAUUUUAUUUACUAGACACAAAGAAACAUCUACCAAUAAAUUCAAGAUUAAUAAUUUAUUUGUUGCUUUGUUUGUUCCUUCUAAUCAGUGUUGACUCUUGGCAACUGCCUAAACAAGUCCCUGAAGUUUCUUGGCAAGAUUUCAGAAGUUGCCUAUUAUUUAUGCCUAAGGAUAGGAAGGCUCCAAAAGAGGGAGCGCAUCGGACGUUGAGAAACACCACGCGGGGACCCGGGAAACAAGGCGACGCAGCGCAGUCCCGCCAGCCAGGGACCGGCGGCGUUGCAGCGCGAGGGGCCAGUAUCCACGUGCCGAUUCCCUCCAGCGCCCCGCGAUCGACCAAUACUCCCGCGAGAAAGCAGCCAAUGACAAGGAGCGGCUGUCAGCAGUAAACACCGUUCCUCCCUCCCUCACCUCGCACUAGACACGCACGCGUCGACCUUCCGCUGCUUCGGAGCGCUGCUCCUGAACUCGCAACAAGUCGCCGCACAAGUGCAAAAACAACAACAAAAAAAACACCCGGGUUGGGGGGGGCAUCUCGCAAAAAUUAGGCAACGUGGCGCGAGCUUUUUUACUUUUUUUUUUAAAAAAACCCAACUCCCCCCCUCCCUUCAGAAGAAAUAUUUCUGGGUGUUUAAUCUGAACUCGAGACUGCCUUACAAAGAGGAGGGAUUUUUGUUUUGUUUAAAGGGGGGGGUGAAAAGCGCGAGGGGCAAAACGAGGAAGUGAAGGAUUUUCUUUUUCUUUCUUUCUUUAUUUUUUUGUUGAAGUUUUAUAAUCGGCUGCGCGGUUGAGUAACAUUUCUAUUUCCCCGUUGUAAAUUGGUUGCGUGAAGAAAGACGGGUAUAACUCGGAGAGGGAUGUGCCUCCUCUUUAAAAAAAACUAGAGUUGUUCAAGGCAGGAACCUUCGUCUUGGAACCGGGCAGAGAAUCAAUAACACAGAAGGGAGCAGCAGGAGCAGCAACUUGGGUAAGAAUCAAGCGAAGGAGUCCUGGCAGGGGAACAAAAAAAAAGACAAAAAUAAAAAAAAGGUGGGUACAAUAAUUCUCCUUACCUUUCCCUUCGUUUCUCUUUCUUCCCUCUCCAGCUUCCCCAACCCUCUUUCUUUUGUGGCGACGAAAACUGGUAGGGAAACGCGUCCCUGGAUCCCUUGGCUUAACCGUACUUCCCUUUUAAGAGAACCACCGCGCGGGAAAGGUUGGCGACCGGCAAUAGAAAAGCUGCUGACAAGCGACGCCUCAGCUCAGAACCGAGAGCCUCCUUCUUUAGGUGCCCGGCGAGCGGCGGCUCCCAAGUCCGUUUCGCCCUUCGCGUCACGGGACCGGGCGGAGAGGGCGCGCGUGUGUUUGGGUCGCGAGGGGAAAAAAACAACAACAACACGCGAAGUUUUCUUGAGAGGACGGCUCUGUUUUGGGGGCGGGGGGGGGAGGAGAGCCGCCGUGAGGUGGAGGGGCGCUCGGUUGCCGCCCUGGUGCCUUUUUCAGAGGACCGGGAUAAUCGCCUCGGAGAGUAAGGCCUUCGGAACGAAACGCAUCAUUUGAGAAAAAAAUUCGCCUGGCUCUUUUUUCGCGAGAAUUCCCAGUUCGGUCGCCUCUUACAGUGCCAUCUCGGGUUUCUUGCCUCCGUCGCUUGGGUCGCUAGAGUAACAAACGUGACAUACCGGACAUCCAGUUACUUCUCAAUUGCUUCUCUUUGUGGAAGAAAAGUGAGUAACCUCCAUGGAAGAUUCUCAGGAUUUAAAUGAACAGUCAGUGAAAAAAACGUGCCCAGAUUCAGAUGUUUCAGAAUCUCAGAAUUCCAGAUCUAUGGAAAUGCAGGAUCUAGCGAGUCCUCAUAAUCUUGUGGGAAGCAGUGAAGCACCAGGUAGCUCUAAACUGGACAAAUCUAACCUUAGCACCACAUCUGUUACAACAAAUGGAACAGGCGGAGACAACAUGACUGUUUUAAACACUGCAGACUGGUUGUUGAGUUGCAGCACUCCUUCUUCUGCAACAAUGUCUCUUCUUGCAGUCAAAACAGAGCCUAUGAACAGUAAUGACUCAACAACAACAACAAGUGGAGAUGGAUCUCUUGACAAUUUUACUGGGUCAGUGAUAACGAGCAGUGGCUACAGUCCAAGAUCAUCACAUCAAUACUCACCGCAGUUAUAUCCCUCCAAGCCCUAUCCACAUAUUCUUUCUACACCAGCAGCUCAAACAAUGUCUGCCUAUGCCAGUCAAACCCAGUAUUCAGGAAUGCAGCAACCAGCAGUGUAUACAGCCUACUCACAGACUGGGCAACCUUACAGCUUACCUGCUUACGAUUUGGGUGUAAUGUUGCCGGGUAUCAAGACAGAAAGUGGACUUUCACAAACACAAUCACCACUGCAGACUGGGUGUCUUAGUUACAGCCCAGGGUUCUCCACACCACAGCCAGGCCAAGCACCAUAUUCAUACCAAAUGCCAGGUUCUAGUUUUACACCAUCCUCCACUAUUUAUGCAAAUAAUUCAGUAUCAAAUUCUACAAACUUCAAUAGUUCACAACAGGAUUAUCCAUCAUAUGCAGCUUUCAGCCAAAAUCAAUAUCCACAGUAUUAUUCAGCAUCAACAUAUGGAGCAUAUAUGACAUCAAAUAAUACCACAGAUGGCACCUCUUCAUCCUCAUCAACAUACCAGCUGCAAGAAUCCCUUCCAGGUCUUACUAGCCAACCAGGAGAGUUUGAUGCUGUGCAGAGCCCUUCAACUCCAAUCAAAGAGCUUGAUGAAAGAACAUGUAGGAGUUCUGGGUCAAAAUCAAGGGGCAGAGGGAGGAAAAAUAACCCAUCUCCUCCUCCUGAUAGUGACUUGGAGCGUGUAUUUGUUUGGGAUUUGGAUGAAACUAUCAUUGUCUUCCAUUCGCUUCUUACAGGAUCUUAUGCACAGAAAUAUGGAAAGGAUCCACCUGUAGCGGUGACUCUUGGACUUCGGAUGGAAGAAAUGAUUUUUAAUCUUGCAGAUACUCAUUUAUUUUUCAAUGAUUUGGAGGAAUGUGAUCAAGUACAUAUAGAUGAUGUAUCCUCAGAUGACAAUGGACAAGACCUAAGUACCUACAGUUUUGCAACUGAUGGCUUCCAUGCAGCUGCAAGUAGUGCAAACCUUUGUCUGCCAACAGGUGUAAGAGGAGGAGUUGACUGGAUGAGGAAGCUGGCAUUCCGUUACAGAAGAGUCAAAGAAUUAUAUAAUACUUAUAAAAACAAUGUAGGAGGACUUCUUGGCCCUGCAAAAAGAGAUGCAUGGCUACAGUUAAGAGCAGAGAUUGAAGCUCUCACUGACUCCUGGCUGACCAAUGCACUUAAAUCUUUAUCAAUUAUUAGUACAAGGAGUAACUGUGUAAAUGUCUUGGUAACAACAACUCAACUUGUACCAGCCCUAGCAAAAGUGCUUCUGUAUAGCUUAGGAGGUGUUUUUCCUAUUGAAAAUAUUUACAGUGCAACUAAAAUAGGAAAAGAAAGUUGCUUUGAACGAAUAAUGCAAAGGUUUGGCAGAAAAGUAGUAUAUGUUGUAAUUGGGGAUGGUGUAGAAGAAGAACAGGCAGCAAAAAAGCAUAACAUGCCUUUCUGGAGAAUAUCUAGCCACUCUGACCUCCUGGCUCUACACCAAGCGCUGGAAUUAGAGUAUUUGUAACUGUUCUUUUUUAUACAUAUUUCAAAGUACACUGAUUUUUUUUUUUAACUUUGGAUAUGGUGCCUCCGGCUUUACACAUAUUAUCGUCUUAAAAAGAAAGAGCAAUAUAUGGAUUCCAUUGCAAAGAAUUCAGAUCACUGAAUGGAGACACGCGUUUUAAUGCGACACAAGGAUUCUCGACAUGGUCUUAUAUAUUCAGCAUUUUGAUGAUUGAAGAACUGGAAAAAUGGUUGCUGGUACACACCAAAUGAGCCCUAGCCAGAGUGAACAAGGUUUGCAGUAGACAAGGAGAAGGAGAAGAAUGAAUGAAUGCAUUUUGUGAAUGACAAGGGUGUUAUUCAACAACAUUCCUCACUAUGAGAUAUAUUCUCAGCACGGAGGUUUGAAUCAAACUUUAGGCUACCUAACCUGACCCAGAAAAUUGGGAUGCACUUGGACUAUACAUUGGCAGUCCUGUCUCAAUCUGUAAUAGGUGUAAAUUAUUAAUGAAAAUGAUUUACCGUGACAUUAGCAACUGACUUUGGAAGUGGAUGCAAUUUAUUAUAUUUUGUUUUGUUUUGUUUUGAAGGUGUGUGGAAAGGGGUAUAUAAUAAUAAUUGUCUCUUUUAUAAACUUGGCAGACAGAAUGUGCAUAAUGAUGUGUUGUGCCUUAAAUGACAAGAUCUUGUUUGUGUGUUACAGUGUAACAUUGGUUUAAAAUUAUGUAGAUAAAAAGAUAAAAAUCUUUGUGAUAAUUUUUGACAUGACCAAAUUUCAAAUUCAAUUAAUCGGUACUGCAUAAAAGCAGUUUAAAUGUUUGUUGCAGUAAGAGAAAAAAAAUAUAUAACUGAAAGUUAGUGCUUUUAUUUAGAUUCUUAAUAAUUCCACUGAUUGUAUGCAAAUACUUUUUUAAAAAAUGUCAAGAGGUUGGAACAUUGGGUACUGUGAGCAGAUAGUUAACAUGACAAAUUAUUUGACAAUUUUUCCUUAAUUUUUGUGUUAAAAAAGAAUUAUACACAUGGAUAACUUGUGCUGCAAUGAGUUUAAUUUAUGGUACACAGUAUGUGUAAAAAAAAAAAAAAUCCCAGCAGCUACUCUUACCUAUUGACCUGGUAUCAAAUUAUAAUGUAGUAUAUUUAACAUUCAGUAAGGUACAUAUAAAUAUGGCUGAAUGUGAUCCAGUGAAACUUUUAAGUAAAA